AUGAUCAAAUACGCAAUCGUCGGAUUUGCGGUAUUCGCUGCAUGUGAAGCAUUCUUGUUCGGAAGUAUGGGCGGAGGAGGAGGAGGAAGCUGCUGCCCUGCCCCAGCACCGGCACCGUGCUGCCCACCUCCAGCUCCCGCACCAGCACCGUGCUGCCCACCUCCAGCUCCCCCACCAGCACCGUGCUGCCCACCUCCUUCAUCACCUUGCGGAGGCGGCGGCGGAGGAUGCGGAGGAGGCGGCGGUGGCGGAUAUGCAGCUCCUCCAUCUGGUGGCGGUUACGCUACUUCUGGUGGAGGUGGUUAUCCUUCCGGAGGAGGUGGUGGCUAUCCUACCGGAGGAGGCGGCGGCGGUGGCUACGCUAUGGCUGGCAAGAAGUAA